CCCCGGAGCAGCUCCGCGCCCGGGCCCGCCGGGGCCCCGGCUCCCGCCGUCGGCGUCGUCUUCACCGGCCCUCGACUUCCCGCCUUCCAAGACUUCGCUCCUCUUCAAGGACAGAUAACUGUAUCGUGUGCAUCCUACCAGUGUCGUGCAUACCUGGUGGGGGUGGCAGGCUGGGCCGUUUGUCGCAGCACCAAGGGCCCUGGGAUUGCAAGCCGGGACCAGACGAGGCCUCUCUGCUCCUUCCUCUUCCCUCAGCAUCCGACAGGCUCUCGCCCGCUGCCCCGGUGAUGGCGGCCCUGUUCCCCUCUGCCCCGCCCCAGGCAGAGGUGACCUUCGAGGAUGUGGCCGUGCUCCUCUCCCAGGAGGAGUGGGGCUGUCUGGGCCCUGCUCAGAGGGGCCUCUACCGGGAUGUGAUGCUGGAGACCUACAAGAACCUGAUCUCACUGGGAACAGGUCCUGCAGGUCCCAAGCCUGGGGUGAUCUCGCAGCUGGAGCGAGGAGACGCGCCAUGGGUCCUGGACCUGCGGGGCUCUGUGGGGCAGAAGCGCCCGGGAGCCAGCGGCUCAGUGUCUUGUGGGACCAGGGCUGUGUAUAAGGAGUUGACUUCAGGAGAGAUGUUUAACAGGAAAGAACUGGAUCGCCUCACUCCACGAGGAUGGGAGCCAGGAGGGGCCCAUGACCAUGCCAGAGAGCUGGAGCAGGACCUGGACAGACCAGUGGGGCAGAGGGGCCCCAUGCCGGUCACACUGCCCGACAAGGAGGGUAGCCGGGAAUCUGGGCAGAGCCUUGCGUUGGGUGGGAGCCCUGUCCUUGAUCAGAGACCUCACCAGUGUGACGUAUGUGAGCAGAGUUUUGAGCAGAGGUCAUACCUCAGUAACCACAAGCGUGUACACAGGUCAAAGAAACCAAGUGCAGCUCGGGGCCCUGGGGAAGCCACCGCUGCAUGCGUGAUUGUUCAAGAUCAGGACCUGCCCGGCGGGAGGAGGCUGCACCGCUGCGGCUGCUGCGGGAAGGCCUUCCGGUACAGCGCCAACCUCGCCAAGCACCAGAGACUGCACAGCGACGAGAAGCCCUACAAGUGUGGCGAGUGUGGCAAGGCCUUCAGCCAGAGCUGUGAGUUCAUCACCCACCGCAGGAUGCACUCAGGGGAGGUCCCCUAUCGCUGCGAGGAGUGUGGGAAGACGUUUAACCAGAGGCCCAACCUCAUGAAGCACCAGAGGAUUCACACUGGGGAGAAGCCCUACAAGUGUGGCGAGUGUGGGAAGCACUUCAGCGCCUACUCUUCCCUUAUCUAUCACCAGAGAAUCCACACUGGGGAGAAACCCUAUAAAUGCAACGACUGUGGGAAAGCCUUCAGUGACGGCUCAAUUCUCAUUCGACAUCGCCGGACUCACACUGGAGAGAAGCCAUUUGAGUGUAAGGAAUGUGGCAAAGGCUUCACCCAGAGUUCUAACCUGAUCCAGCAUCAGAGAAUUCACACUGGAGAGAAACCUUAUAAAUGCAACGAAUGUGAGAAAGCCUUCAUUCAAAAAACCAAGCUUGUUGAACAUCAGCGAAGCCACACGGGAGAGAAGCCCUACGAAUGCAAUGACUGUGGCAAAGUCUUCAGCCAGAGCACACACCUCAUCCAGCACCAGCGGAUCCACACCGGGGAGAAGCCCUACAAGUGUGGCGAGUGUGGGAAGGCCUUCCACAACAGCUCCAGACUCAUUCACCACCAGCGGUCGCACCACGGCGAGAAGCCCUACGAGUGCAGUGAGUGCAAGAAGGCCUUCAGCCAGAGCACGUACCUGAUCCAGCACCGGAGGAUCCACACGGGGGAGAAGCCCUACAAGUGUGGCGAGUGUGGGAAGGCCUUCCGGCACAGCUCCAACAUGUGCCAGCACCAGAGGAUCCACCUCAGGAAGGACUUCCCCACGCCACAGGGCCAAAGGGCGUGUCUUCCAAUUAAACAAAACUCUUAACUCAAGAGCAGUGCAUGUUCAUUUUAGAAAAGUUGCCGGAGGAAAGCGAGCAGAAGAGAGGCUGUUUUAGUCUCCACCUACCAAGAUCCUGGGGCCGGCACUGGCUCAGCAGAUUAGCUGCCACCCGCAAUGUGGGCAUCCCAGAGGAGUGUGGGCUCAAGUCUUGGCUGCUCCACUUCCGAUCCAGAGGAUGGAAGAUCUCUGGCUCUCUGUCCCUGUCUCUCUCUGUAACUCUGGCUUUCCAAUACCUAAGUAAAAAUUUUUAAAAAUCAGAUUUGUAAAAAAAAAAAAAAAGAAAAGAAAAGAAAAAGAAAAAGAUUCUUUGCUGCUGAGUUAGAAUGUUUUGUUUUAGACACACUGGGGAAUAUUUUUCAAAAGAUGUAUUUAUUUUUAAAGAUUUAUUUAUUUAUUUGAAAGACAGUUACAGAGAGGCAGAAAGAGAGUGACAGAGAGAGAGAGAGAGAGAGAGAGACGUCUUCCAUCUGUUGGUUCACUCCCCAAAUGGCUGCAACAGCCAGAGCUGGGAUGAUCCGAAGCCAGGAGCCAGGAGCUUCUUCUGGUCUCCCAUGUGAGUGCCAUCUUCCACUGCUUUCCCAGGCCAUCAGCAGGGAGCUGGAUCGGAAGUGGAGCAGCUGGGACCUGAACCAGUGCCCACAUGGGAUGCUGGUGCUGCAGGCAGUAGCUUUACCUGCUACACCACAGUGCUAGCUCCCAAGAUUUAUUUAUUUACCUGAAAGGCAGAGUGACAGAGCAAGAGGGAGUGACCAUCUACUGUUCACUCCCCAAAUGGCUGCAACAGUUGGGGCUGCACUAGGCUGAUGCCAGGGGCCAGAAGCUCCAUCCAGGUCUCCCACAUGGUGGCAGGGACUCAAAUGCUUGAGCCGUGGUCUGGUUCUCUGGUGUAUUAGCAGGGAGCUAGGAUGGAAGCAGAGUAACGGACUCGCAUGGGCGCUCUGAUAUGGGAUGCGGCAUCACAAGGGUGGUGUAACCCCUUGUACCACGGCGCCCAGCUGGAGAGCCACUGUACUCCUAACAUCUUUGCGGUUUCCUCAGUGCAAGAAAAUUCAAGCUACAGAGAACUCUAAUACUGGUAUAUUUCUACAGUUUCUAAGUAAAAAUUGACACUACAUCACUCAAACUUGGUUCGCAGAGUUGAAAUUGCCUUUUUUGUUGUGGGAAAAAUCUAUACGACAAAAUUUACCACCGUAACCAUCUCUGAGUGUGCAGCGUAGAGCACUAAGUGCACUCGCGGUGUAGCUGUAGCUGUCACUGCCCUGCUCCUGAGUUGUUUUCUUCUCCUGGUCACGAGCUCGGGACCUAGUGCGUAGUACCUCCUCCCCUUCCAGUUCUGGUUCCGAGUUUACCUCUCCCAGGAACCCCAAUUGAGUGUGAUCAUGUAAUACACGUUCUGUGUGUCUGGCUUAGUUCCUUUAGUAAUGUAGCCUGAAUCGAACUCCAUUCUUUUUAUGGCUAAAUAAUAUUCCACUCUGAGUACUGUGUGUUCUUGAUUGUUGGGCAGUUGGGUGUCUCUGCCUUUGCACGAUGGUGAAUAAUGUUGGCAUGAACAUUAGUGUACACGCACUGUGUGUAUUUGGUCCUUACUUUAUUAUAUUUGCUUAUUUAUUUGAGAGGCAGAGUUACAGAUGGAGAGAGAGGUCUUCCAUCUGCUGGUUCACUCCCCAGAUGGCCACAACGGCUGGAGCUGAGCCAUUUCAAGACCAGGAUCCAGGAGCUUCCUCUGGGUCUCCCAUGCGGGUGCAGGGGCACAAGCACUUGGGUCAUCCUCCACUGUUUUCCCAGGCCAUUAUCAGAGAGCUGGAUUGGAAAUGGAGCAGCCAGGACUUAAACUGGUGCCCAUAUAGGAUGCUGGUGCUGCAGGCCAGGGCUUUAAUCAGCUGCGCCACAGCGCCGGCCCCUCUUUGCCUAUUUUUAAAUUGGUUUCUGUGUUUUAUAUCAUUGAAUUGUAGGGGUUUUUGUUCUGUGUGUUUUGGGCGUUAGGCCCCUAUCAGCUACUUGAUUUUCCAGUGCUUUCUCCCGCUUUGUGGGCUGUCUCAUUCCCGUGACUGUGUCCCCGGGGGAGCUCCAGUUUAUGUGUUGUUGUCGUUGCCUGCAUCUUUGGUGUCAUAUGUGAAAAACCAUUUCUAAAAUCCAAGGUGAGCAAGCUUCGUGCUAUCUUUUUAUCUGAGUUGAUGUCUUACAUGUUGGUCCUACUCUGAACUGAUUUCUGUGUGGUGUAAGCCAGCAGCUGCCACGGGCCUCGGUCCAGAUUUGUGCUGUGUGAGUAAAUCCAGUUUUCCCAACAACACUCAUUAAGUAGACUUUUCUUUCCCAGUUGAACUAUGCAGUAGUCAGCAUGGGCGGCCACAUAGAACACCAGACUGGGAGGCUCGUGGUUCUGGGGCCUAAGGUCCAGCGUGUCUGGUUCCCCAAGGACUCUCCCUGGGCUGCCAGUGCUAGCUGUUGCCCCAGGUCCUCCCUCACGUCGGGGAGAGGGCUCUGGUAUCUCCCUCUUAGGAAGGCACCAGCCCUAGUGGGUUAGGCCCCGCCCUUAUAGCCUCAUUUCCUGUCUCCAAAUACAUCAUGUUGGACGUUAGAGCUUCAUGUGAUUUAGGGGAGGGCACAAACACUCAUUCCCUGACAAAUGGUCUCUGCACCCUUGCUUAAAACCAGUCACACAUUUGUGCAAGAUCUUGUCUUGUCUGUGCCUGUCUUUUUUUUUUUUUUUUUUUCUUUUUGACAGGCAGAGUGGAUAGUUAGAGAGAGAGACAGAGAGAAAGGUCUUCCUUUUUGCCUCCAAUGGCCGCUGCGGCCAGUGCAUCUCGCUGAUCCGAAGCCAGGAGCCAGGUGCUUCUCCUGGUCUCCCAUGCGGGUGCAGGGCCCAAGCACUUGGGCCAUCCUCCACUGCCUUCCCGGGCCAUAGCAGAGAGCUGGCCUGGAAGAGGGGCAACCGGGAUAGAAUCCGGCGCCCCAACUGGGACUAGAACCCGGUGUGCUGGCGCCGCAAGGCGGAGGAUUAGCCUGUUAAGCCACGGAGGAUUAGCCUGUUAAGCCACGGCGCCGGCCUGUCUGUGCCUGUCUUUACUGAGGGCACUGCCCCAGGGCAGAAUCCACUCAGGUCUCAUGGGACAAGGGAGUCCUCGUGAGCAUGGGUUGUCCAAGGGAGCCAGACGCCUCCCCCGAGCCCCUCUUCACUUCUGCACACACUCUUGCCGUCAUGAUCCUGUCUGCCACGGGCCCUCUCCAGAACCACACAUGCUGGCACCGUGCUCUUGGAUCUCCACGCCUGUGACCUAAAUAAAGUACCAGACCCAGGUGUUCUGUUACAGCAGCACGCAGCACACUGAGGGGAGACGUUGUGCCAAGAGCGGGGGACUGGGCAGUGGGCAGAUGUUGGAAGAGCUUCCGAGGGUAGGCACAGAAAAGCCUGGAAUACCGUGUAGAUGGGGACUUAUGCGUGAUCCUGGUGAGUGCUUAGAAGAUAACGAGACAUUCGGAGUUACUGGAUGCUGUGGACAGUGGAGUGAAGCAUACCAUCACAGAGAACUUGGCUGCAGUUGUUAAUGAUGGAUAUUCAGGGCUGGCACUGUGGCGUGGUGGGGGAAGCCGCUGCCUGCAAACCCAGCAUCCCAUGUGGGCACUGGUUUGUGUUCUGACUGCUCCACUUCCAAUCCAGUUUCCUGCUAAUGGACUGGGAGAAGUAGUGGAAGAUGGCCUAAGUGUUUGGGUACCUGCCACCCACACAGGAGACCAGGAUGAAACUCCUGGCUUUGGCCUGGCCCAGCCCUGGCCUUUGUGACAUUCUGGGAUCUGGGGAAUGAAACACAGGAUGGAAGAUCUCUCCCUCUCUCCACCUCUCCCUCCGUAACUCUGACUUUCACAUAAAUAAAUCUUAAAAAAAAAAAAAAAAAAGUGAAAAAUUAGCAGAGGUUUCUACGUGGUAAAUCCUUCGGGCUGCUGCUUGGUUACUUGGAACUGCUUUUCUCAGACUUGGGCAAAGGGAAGCAGGAUGGGAGGCUUGGAAAAUUCAGAGCCUGGCCCAGCGUGACACCUGUUAGGGUGUCACGGUAAUUGCUAGGGGGAUUACUGUGGACAGAAAGAGGUCCCAGCUGCCCGUCAGGGCCCAAGGGCACCUCAGAAAUCUGCCUCUCCAGUGGCUGGCCAAGAAUGUAGUGGAGAGUGAUUUCAGGGAAGAGCUCCGCGGAAAAGUGCUCUGUUGCUUUGGCCAUGGUUCCCAUGGGCCCAGGCAUGGCCCAAGCCAUAACUCCGAGGGGGGUGAGCAGAGCUCUUGCUGGCGUCCACAUGACACAGGUUCCACCACGCAGAAUGCAGGGUCUAUGGGGUCGUGGUACUUCCACUGAGAUUUCACAGGAAAGCCUGGGGAGGCAGACAGAAGCGUGGUGCAGGGGUGGAGCUGGCACAGGUUCUUCCACAGAGUGCCCGGGAGCUGUGGGAGACCCCAGAAAGGCAGAGCAUCUGGCAGUGGGCAGUGCACGCCCUGGACUUCACCCUGCAUGGGCAGACAUGUGGGCUGAGACCAGCAAAGCCCUGGGGACAGAGCUGCCUGGGUCCUCGAAGGCCCAUCCUGUGCACUGGAUGCUAGGCUUGGAGCCCUGCCAGGUUUGGUCUUUCUCUUGGUCAAUGUCUAGGAAUGGUCACAUUGUGUCUCCGAAGUGUGUAACUUGUUUCUCAC